CGAAUAUUUUGGUCCUUUUCCCGACGGCAGCAAGGCCCGUGAGAUAUUACAAUUAUUAGAAAGAUUAUUCCCUCUUGCAAAAUGUAAAGUGGUUGAUAAAUCCUAUUACGAAAACAUCAAAAAAGAAGUCAGAAAAUUUUUUCAUGGGCAAACCCAAGAAAUUAAGAAAAAAAUUAAAGAUUCUUUGCGAAAAAAUAUUGCCAAUUUAGCCUUUGAAAUCGCUCACAAAGAAAAAAAAAUCCUGGAUAAUAUUGAUUUUUUUACUAGUCAGCAAAAUAUUGAAUUUUUACGAGAGGAAAAUAGCGAUUUUUUAGGUGUUUACGAGCAAGAAAAC